AUUCAGUUCAGUGCUUGAUACAGAGUUUGUCAAAACAACCUGGUAAGAGAGAAAAAUUGGAAAUAUAAACUUCAUUGCACUGUGAAGAAUCAAAGCAUGAAUGGGAAAAGAGGCUUGUUCAGACUGAAAGAGCAGCAUUUAUAUCAAUCAACACAUGUUAUGCUUAUCUUUGGCAUUAUUUUAACUUUGACUGUGAUCUGUGUGGUGCACAGAUUCCUGGAUACUCCCCAUUUGAUGAAAUCGGCCUAUGGCCGUAACAUACCUCAAACCGCUACAAAGACCUUCUAUGCAUUACAAAAGAAAAUAAGCUCACAACAUAAGGUCUCCUCUCACCUCAAAAUAAUUCAGGUCAAUAAUGAUGACAAAUUUGCAGAUGUGAAUGAUACCUGUCCUGUUUUCAGACUAAAUCCUAAUGAAACAACAUCAGAUAUAGUUACAUGCAAGCGUGCAGCGUUUGCUCCAGGCUCAUGUCAGUUAAUGAAGACCCUUUUUAGCGGAAGCCCUGCCAACUGUUCCCACCAAACAACACAUAUAAUUUGUGAACUGAAGAGUUUCAACCCAAAGAAUCCUCAAGUGGUUUGCUACCCUGAUAUCUGCACCACAUCAGUCAAUAUCGCACUGUAUCACAUAGAAAUAGGUGAUUAUAUAAGGUACGAGAUGAGCUCAGCUGAAGAACUUGCAUCUUUUAUUAACCACAAGCUUCUUAAGGACUUUCAAAACCAUUACCCAAAUAAUGGUUAUUGUGUGAUUCAGUGUAUUAACAAAUCUGAACAAAUGGUUUCACAGCUUCUCAUAAUACCUCCUGUUCUUAAAAACUCCAGCACUCAUUCUGGGCAAGGUCAAAAGCCUUUGUUUAAUGUUAACAUUCUGUUACUGGACUCUGUUUCUAGACACCAUUUUUAUAGGACUUUGCCAAAGACUAUAAAUACAUUUAAAGAGCUUAAUAAGCCUUCUUUAGAAAGUGUGCAAGUAUUAGACUUUGAGCUUGUACAGGCUAUCAAAGGCAGAACACUUGAGUCAUUGCAAGCCCUUUUUGGAGGGGAUAAAAUGGAGUCUCCCAUAUUUGAUGCUUGGGGCUUGCCUCCUCAUCCCAUCAAUCUCAAUGAAACAAUUGGGAUGUUUAAAGCUCAUGGAUAUGAGAUUUUGUAUAUGGAAGAUAUGUGCUGGAUGGGGGAAUGGGGUCUAGUGAAAGAACAAAGAGCUAUGAAUUUGACUGCCCCUUUCAAAGAGAGAGUUAAAAUAUUUAACAAAGCCAUUCAGAAGACGGGAAUAGAUCGACUGGAUGUCUCUUAUAGUAACUGUUUGACUCUUAAGGAGAACAAAGUAACUGAAGUUUUCCAUGGUCCAGGAUCUAUCUGUUACAAUGGUAUUCACCAGCACAGCUACCUUUUGCAAUACAUGGAGUACUUCUUAGCUCGCUUCUCAAGUUUCAAGAAGCCAACAUUCACAUUUCUCAUAUUGGAUACAGGGCAUGAGGACACAGGCAUUAGGAUAAAGCAACUGGAUGAGGUCUUAUCUAGACAUGUCUCUUUCUUAGCAAGCCAGUCAAACACCAUAUCAUUUAUUCUCUCAGACCAUGGUAAUAACUACGGUAACUUUGUUUCAGCAUCUCCAGAAUCGCAGGUGGAAAUCUAUCAUCCUUUUCUUUUUUUAAUGAUACCAGAAAAAGCUUCAAAAAUGAUUGGCGAUGAAAGAAUGAAGUCACUGCAUAUAAAUCAAAAACGACUUGUCAGCCUAAUUGAUGUACACUAUACUUUAAAGGGGCUUCUUCAAAAGGAACAGCUGAAUGUGAAAUUGUCAAAGUACAGCAUAAACAAAGAUGGACUUUUAAGCCCAAUUUCUCCAUACAGAAAAUGCAAAGACAUACCAAGGUUGCAUCCAAAUCUGUGCAUUUGUCAGGCUUCAUACGCAAUGAAAAAGAAUAAUUCGUAUUAUGCUUUGUUUGCAGAAUUUGCUCUUGGCUACAUGAACAGACAUAUUGCUGAGCUGCAGAUAGGUGUAAGACAAUGCCUUAAAUUAAUAGCUACCAGAUUUGAUAAUGUAAGAAGUGCACAGGAAGAUCCCAACAAUUCCAUAAUCAUGCUGGACCUCUAUGUGAAACAGACAGGUAUGACAGGAAAUACAGAGGAAAUGUUCACAGUAACUAUUUUCUACAGUGUGGCUAUUCAAAUGGAAGGUAUGCUUUUCCUGGGAUACAGCAGGAUGACUCCAUACAGUGCUUAUAGUAAAUGUGCCAACACUGAUGUUGACUUAAGAUUAUGUAUAUGUGACAGAGGUCAACAUUUGGCAAAUAAAGCCAGAAACACUGAUAGAGAUCCCUCUUUAGAAGACAAUGUAUUAUGGACUAAAACCUACAGGUUAGUCAUUGAUAAACCUUGUCUGUAUCUCUUGACAAGAAAUUACACAGCAGGUGUUGUUCUAUCUGUUAGCAACGUUUGCUGGGAUAGACAUUACAGCAUUCAUUUUAAUUUCUUAACUAUAAACCUGCACUCAUCUAACCAAAUGCCUGUUUCAAAAGUGAUUGGACCCAAUGUUGAAAAUAUGCUGGUCGUUGGAAUCAGAAAACUGGAAAACCAGCACUGGAACUAUAAAUAUGUUUUGAAAUUUAAAGCUUUUACUUUGAAAAGAGACUAAUUAAAGUUUAACAGCAUGUCAAUAAUUUACCAUAUCUUAGACUGGGCUUAUGAGCCCACUUUGUGACUUAAUACCAUUUCACUGAGUUUAUUAGUCAAAAAUAUGGGGGACUGUAAAGGUUUACUGUCUCUGAGAAUAAGUGAUGAAUGAUAUAAUAAAGUGUAAAUAGCUUCUG